AUGGGACAGCAAUUCAGCUGGGAGGAGAAGGAGGCAUCAGGGGAGAUGGACGUGGCGGAGGUGCAGGAGUGGUACAAGAAGUUCGUGGUGGAGUGCCCCAGUGGAACGCUCUUCAUGCACGAGUUUAAGCGCUUCUUCAAGGUCACUGGCAAUAAGGAGGCCACUCAGUAUGUGGAGGGCAUGUUCCGAGCCUUCGACAAGAAUGGGAACAGACAAGUUCUUUCUCUCUGGCAGGCAAUUUACAAGCUGAAGAAAGCCUGCCAAGUAGAGAUGGAAAUGGAGUAGCCUGGCCAGCUGCUCACACCUGAGGAGGUUGUGGACAGGAUCUCUCUGGUGGAUGAGAACGGAGAUGGCCAGCUGUCUCUGACUGAGUUCACUGAAGGUGCCCGCUGUGACAAGUGGGUGAUGAAGAUGCUGCAGGUGGAUGUCAACCCUGGCGUCUGGAUCACUCAGCAGAGGAGGAGAAGCGCCAUGUUCUGA